AUGUCAGCUUCCUAUCGACUGCCUUAUGUCCAAAUUGGUCUCAUCUUGCAGGCGCUGUCGUCGAUUCCGUCCUCAUGCGAAAUCCGACCUCACUUGCCGAUCGCUGCAUACGGGCGCAGCACAGAUCUUUCUGCAGCUCUAUCGAUCCCGAUGGAUCGUUUGUAUGUUUCUCUACAGCUGUCCUCAAUCAUGUUGCUUCCAGACCAAGGCUGCCCGAUCCAGAGCGCUGCCGCCGUCGACACUCAUGAUCUCGUUUUGAAAUCCCUAUUGCUGAGUCAUGCCCGCGGCCGAGAACUCCCGAAGAACCCUGCUAUGCGCCUCCGUAAUCCAGCCAAGCACACCUAUCCACAUCGAAGGCUCUGA